AUGGGGUUAUCUUGUUCGUGCCCGCUCUCUUCUUAUAUUGAUUUAGAGAAUGGUUUUCAAUCAGUCAUUAUAAAGUCAAUCAACUUUGGAGAUGGUGAUCAUAAGACACCAGUUCGAUCUGUUGGCUACAAGGAAAACAAUUUGAAACAGAAAACAUUGAUGUCAUCGGGUUCAGGGGAAAUGAUGGUCGGAGAAUCCGUUAGCUUCAAAACAACGGAAACUGAAAUGAUGAUAAGAAUCCCGCAAAUGCCGAUUUUGGAAUUGGAUUCACAAAGCCCGAAACAUGAGGCUGCUAUAAAGUUGCAAAAGGUGUAUAAAAGCUUUCGAACAAGAAGAAAGCUAGCUGAUUGUGCUGUUCUGAUUGAGCAGAGUUGGUGGAAGCUAUUAGAUUUUGCAGAACUCAAGCGAAGUUCAAUUUCAUUCUUUGAUCUUGAGAAACACGAGUCUGCGAUUUCACGUUGGUCAAGAGCAAGAACAAGAGCGGCAAAGGUUGGGAAAGGUUUAUCAAAGAAUUGCAAAGCCCAGAAACUAGCCUUACAACAUUGGCUUGAAGCAAUUGAUCCGCGGCAUCGUUAUGGGCACAAUCUGCAUUUCUAUUACAUCAAAUGGCUGAAUUCUCUAAGCAAAGAGCCCUUCUUCUACUGGCUAGACAUAGGAGAAGGGAAGGAAGUUAAUCUGGUAGAGAAAUGCCCUCGAUCAAAACUUCAGCAACAGUGCAUCAAGUAUCUUGGUCCGAUGGAAAGAAAGGCUUAUGAAGUUUCAGUGGAAAAUGGGAGGCUCUUCUACAAGCAAACAGGGGAGUUCCUCGAUACCACUCGAGACCUGAAGGGCGUUAAGUGUAUUUUUGUUCUCAGUACCUCUCGGACCUUAUAUGUUGGCAAGAAAAAGAAAGGCGCGUUUCAGCACUCUAGUUUCUUGGCUGGAGGGGCCACAUUGGCUGCUGGGAGGAUGGUUGUCGAAAAUGGCACCUUAAAGGCAGUGUGGCCUCACAGUGGCCAUUAUCGACCAACUCCUGAAAAUUUUGAGGACUUCAAAUCAUUUCUGAAAGAGAACAACGUGGAUCUUGCUGAUGUUAAGCUCGAUUCAAUGGAAGAAGAAGAAGAAGAAGAAAAACAUAUUGGAAAGAAGAGCAGAGUACACUUGAGAACUAAUUCAUCUGAAGAUGACUUGGAGACACAAGAAAACUUUAUCGAAAAUUCCACUUUGGAUAAAGUUAAUUCAAGAGAAGAUGAAAGUGCAAUGCAGAUGUCAAGGUCGAGUACAUAUCAUGGCUUCAGUCAAAAACUAAGUAAUCUUCAAAUACCAAGCAACGAUGAUUUAUUAGAGCGAUUGGACCGCGAAAAUCAAACAGCCGACUUAAAUGCUGAUGAUUUCCUCCUGAAAUCGCCCGUAGAUAGAUAUAAACCUGCAGAAGAAGAUGAACAUGACGAAACUAAAGAGGAGAUUAUUUCCGAAGAAGCAAUUCUGCGAAGGAUCAAUUCGCAUAAAGAAAUGAAGUCAUAUCAAUUGGGGAAGCAACUAUCUUGCAAAUGGAGUUCGGGAGCUGGACCUCGCAUUGGAUGCGUGAGAGACUAUCCUUCCGGGCUGCAAUCACAUGCUUUGGAACAAGUAAAUUUGUCGCCAAGAAGUGAUCGACGCCUAAGAUUAGACUCCCCGUCUGGUGCAUCUACACCAGACAGCUGCAGUCUACCUCUUAACAGUAUUUGCCAUUCAAGAAUGCAACAAUCACCAUUGUCUAGAGGCCUUAGUGACUCGAGUCGAAACUAUUGA